UCAGACUCAAACAAAACGACCCGCAGCCUACUUCUGUCUUCUAUCCUUUUUUUGGAACAACCUCAAAGGAAACGGUUACUCGUUCCAAGAUGGGUCGUCGUCCAGCUAGGUGUUAUCGCUACUGCAAAAACAAGCCGUACCCAAAAUCCCGGUUUUGUCGAGGAGUUCCAGACCCCAAGAUCCGUAUUUUCGAUCUCGGUAAAAAGAAAGCCAGCGUGGAAGAUUUUCCACUUUGUGUCCAUCUAGUUUCCGAUGAGUAUGAACAGUUGAGCUCCGAAGCUCUUGAGGCAGGACGUAUUUGCUGCAACAAAUACAUGGUAAAGAAUGCUGGUAAGGACCAGUUCCACAUUCGUAUGAGACUACAUCCGUUCCAUGUCAUCCGAAUUAACAAAAUGUUGUCAUGUGCUGGAGCUGAUAGGCUCCAGACCGGUAUGAGAGGCGCCUUCGGCAAACCCCAAGGUACCGUUGCUCGUGUCAACAUCGGACAGCCAAUCAUGAGCGUCCGGUCAUCCGACCGUCACAAGGCUUCAGUCAUCGAAGCAUUGCGUCGUGCCAAGUUCAAGUUCCCCGGACGUCAAAAGAUCUACGUCUCGAAGAAAUGGGGAUUCACAAAAUACGAGCGUGCAGAGUAUGAAGAUUUGAAGAACGCUGGACGUCUUGCACCAGACGGUUGCAACGUUAAAUAUUUACCAGAACACGGCCCCCUGUCAGAAUGGAAAAAGUUCCGCGAACUUUUGGCCAAUAAUUAAUUACUCUGUUGAUUGUCUCAAUAAAAAAACUUUCCAUCGAA